AGUGUGACCCUAAGCCAGCCCCUGAUUGGUGGGCCCGUCUGUGGGAGGAGCUUGUGGUCGGCAUGUUUUUGCAGCCUCACGGUCAGUCAGCAGCGAACUCAGGCUCAUUAAGCUGAUCCAGGGCGUGUUCCGGACGUGCGACCGCGGUGUCUGGUGACGCACGUGCUGAGGGCCUCUCUGCCGUCAUGUCAGCCUGGAUGCGACAGCACAGGUCCGCUGGCACCGUCCAUGAGACUCUCGUCGAUGACAAACAUAAUCUGAUGAUCCACGUCUAUUAUUGAAAGUUCUAGAUCUCCUAUGAUUCCGAUUCUCCCCGUUAGAAGCCAAACAGCAUGUGAUGGACCUGGAGCAGUGUUAUCGACAGGAGGCGGCCCCGCCCAUAAGCGCCGUCGUCACCACUUGAAAUUGCUAGUGGGCCUGGAGGACGAUCGGCGAGGUAGCGCAGUCGCAUCGCUGGAGGACGGGAAUCGGACUGGCUCCGGCUUGCGCUCCAGCUCCGAGAUGUGGACCGAAAUAGGAAAGGUGAUGCUGCUGCAUUUAUUUCUUGUGGAGCUACCCUCCGCAAAAGGAUCUACAACAGAAUGUGAGACGGGUCAGUUUCAGUGCAAAAACGGAAGGUGUAUACCUACGAUCUGGAGAUGCGAUGAUGAUGACGAUUGCUCAGACAGCAGCGACGAAGAGAACUGUCCGGCAAAAAAUACCUGUGGCCCGACGGACUUCACCUGCAGCAACGGCCAAUGCGUGCCUGCUAGGUGGCGUUGCGAUGGCGAGCCCGAGUGCUCUGAUGGGUCUGAUGAAGUGGACUCCACAUGCAGUCGACAGACGUGCCCCCCGGAGAAGUUCGACUGCGGCGGCUCCACCAACAGGUGCGUGUCGCUGUCAUGGCGAUGCGACGGAGAGCGGGACUGCGAGAACGGGGCCGAUGAGAAGGAGUGUGCCGCAGACGCCAAAGCCUGUGGCAGUGACGAGUUCCAGUGCGCCGACCACAAGUGCGUGGCGAGCUCGCUGCGCUGCGAUGGCGACGACGACUGCGGCGACGGCAGCGACGAGGAGGCAUGCGCCGCGCCCACCUGUGGCCCGCACCAAUUCCGCUGUGACAACUCGGAGUGCGUGCCGCUACUGUGGAGCUGCGACGGCGACCCUGACUGUGCCGAUCGCUCCGACGAGUCUGCGGAGCGCUGUGGCACGCGCCGCACAGCUCCUCCCAUCCCCGGAUCCCGAUGUGGCCCCGCCGAGUUCCGGUGUGGCAGUGGCGAGUGUGUGCGCCUGGCCUGGAAAUGCGACGGCGACGGUGACUGCAAGGACAAGUCUGAUGAAGUGGACUGCCCCCUGCUGACGUGUCGCCCUGACGAGUUCCAGUGCAGCGACGGCUCCUGCAUCCACGGCACCAAGCAGUGUGACAAGGUGCACGACUGUCCCGACUCCAGCGACGAGGCUGGAUGCAUUAACGCCACCAAGUGCGAAGGGCCCCAGAAGUUUAUGUGCAAGAACGGAGAGUGCAUCGAGGGCAGCCGCGUGUGCGACACUAACCGGGACUGCAAGGACUGGUCCGACGAGCCGGCCAAGGAGUGCGGUCUGAACGAGUGUGCCAUCAACAAUGGCGGCUGCUCCCACAUCUGCACUGAUCGCCGAAUCGGCUACGAGUGCGGCUGCCCCCCAGGAUACAAGCUUCUGGACAAGAAGACGUGUGGAGAUAUAGAUGAAUGCGCCAACCCCAAUGCCUGCAGCCAGAUCUGCAUCAACUACAAAGGCGACUACAAAUGCGAGUGUUACGAGGGCUACGAGAUGGACCCCGUCACCAAGACCUGCAAGGCGGAGGGCAAGACCCCCUACCUGAUGUUCACUAACCGGCACGAGAUCCGCCGCAUCGACCUAGUGAAGAGGGACUACACGCAGGUGGGGCCCACGCUGAAGAACGUGGUGGCGCUGGACGUCGACGUGUCCACCAACAGGAUGUACUGGUGUGAUCUGUUCCACCGCAAGAUCUACAGUGCGCACAUCAGCAAGGCCAGUGACUCCUUCCAGCAGGUGACCCUGAUCGACUCGGCGCUGCUCUUGCCUGGGGGCCUGGCUCUGGACUGGGUCCACAAGAACCUGUACUGGACCGACUCCGGGGAGAAGAGCAUCUCCAUGACGACGGUGGAUGGCAAGAAGAGAAGGGUCCUGAUCAACACAGACCUGAGCGAGCCCCGCGCCAUCGCCGUCGACCCCAAGCAAGGAUUUAUGUACUGGUCUGACUGGGGAGUGCAGGCUAAAAUAGAGAAGGCGGGCCUGAACGGAGUGGACCGCCAGAUUCUGGUGUCCGAGAUGAUUGAGUGGCCCAACGGCAUCACUUUGGACUUGCCCAACAGACGCUUGUACUGGGUGGACUCUAAACUCCAUCUCAUCUCAAGCAUCGACUUCACGGGCACCAACAGGAAGGUGCUGCUGUCCUCGGCAGACCAGCUGAAUCACCCCUUCGCCCUGACCGUGUUUGAGGACAGGCUGUACUGGACCGACCUGCAGAGAGACGCCAUUUUCAGCGCCAACCGUCUGACAGGUAGCGACGUGGUCACGUUGGCUGAACACCUGAACAACCCGCACGACAUCGUGGUGUUCCAUGAGCUGCGGCAGCCCAAAGCACCAGACAGCUGUAACAUGGGGGGUGUGCACAAUGGGGGGUGUGAGUACCUGUGUCUGAAAGCCCCCCAAAUUACGGAGCACUCCCCUAAAUACACCUGCGCAUGCCCUGCCGGGAAGGAGCUGGGUCCAGACAUGCGGAAAUGCGUGCCAGUUUCACCACCCAUCAAAUCCAAAACGACUCCCGUGGCCCCCAGGCGCACCCCCACCAUCUCAGCUGGAACAUCUGGGACUAUAGCAGCACCCCCUGCGGCCACGAGGGUGUCCGUGUCCCCAAAGACCUCCACAUACACGCCAGCCCCUUGGUCCUCCGACCCGGGCAGCAGGACGGCCCCCACGGCCCUGCGGCCCUCCCCCAGCAUGCAGCCCGAUCGCGCCUUGGGGGAGAAAACCAACAUGUCCCACCACUCUGGGAAUGAGCACUUUCUUCUUGGCAACCAGGUGGUGGCAGCGUUGAGCGUCGUCAUCCCUAUAGUGGUCGCCGGCCUCCUGUGUAGCGGCGGCUACCUGAUCUGGCACAACUGGCGGCGGAGGAACACGAAGAGCAUGAACUUUGACAACCCCGUGUACCGGAAGAGCGCCGAGGGGGAGGAGGACGAGAUCCACAUCGGCCGGACCGAGUCGCUGGGCCACGUGUACCCAGCCCUGGCAGCAAGCAGCGGAGUCGCCGGCGGAGUUUGUCAGCCCUUCAUCGCACUGCCAUUAGGGGGUGCCAGUACACCUGAUCCGGGGACACACUGGUACGUGGGACAGCCGGCGCUCUCUGGCACCAAGUGAGGCUUCGGCCAGGAACGGACAGCUGCUCUGGCACACGCACAACGACCCUGUCGCCUAGGCGAUGCCGGUCAUGUCCAGUCCAGCCCCGUGACCGGUGACUUGCAGAAUCUUACCUAAUCUUUUUUUAUACCGAGUUUGGGAACAGAGUGUUAUUUUUGAUGGGUCACAAAUGGAUGCAUUUUAGCAUUGUCACUCGCCUCGUUCUCUCAUGUCCCGUACGAGAGGCCUUCGAUCAAGCAGAAUCACCUUCCGGCCUCUUUGCUCGGCUCCAGGCCCCCACCUCGUCCCCAAAGAACGG